AGAGGAGCUGCUCGGCUCUCGAAGCUCAGACUGCGCUUAGCUGUCAAGGAAGGAAGGAGGAUCCAUCUCAGAGCUUUCUUCCUUUUCUCCCUCCAAGAGACUUUAACAGCCAAAAGGGGCGAAGGGGUGUAAGACCGUAGAGUGACAUCUCUACUGGAACACAUGUUUCAGGAAGAUGUUAUACAAAUACUUUAAGAUGUGGACGUUUAUUCUGAUUGGACUUAACAUCAUCUCAAUGGUUUACGGGUAUGCGAGCGGUUACUUCCCACAGGCGUGUGGAACUAUGUUACCUCUGCACGGUGCCGAUCCUCAGACCUCGAAGCCGCCUUACGAGGUUUCUUACCAACAGGGACACGUUAGAGACCCGAUCACAGUCUGUCUCAGCAGCCCGACAGGCAAAGAUUUCAUGGGAUUUAUGUUGAAGGCUCUGGACACGAGCAAAGAAGAAGGACCACCUCUUGGAAAAUUCACCUUGCUUGAUUCUGGAUUAGAUCAACUCUUGACUUGUAGUGGUUCAGGAGGCUCGGUUGUCAGUCACAAGAAUAAUAGAAGAAAGACUCGGAUUUGUGUCAACUGGACGGCACCGCAGGACGCAGGCGCCAGUACGACUUUCAGAGCCACAUUUUCUGAGACUUAUAAAACAUUCUGGACAAAAGUGGAUGCAAUUCUUCCACCCCCCACCCCAAUACCAAGUACUCUACCAAGUACUCAACCAAGUACUGCUACAAGUACUCAACCAAGUACUGCUACAAGUGCUCAACCAAGUACUGCUACAAGUGCUCCUUCAAGUACUCAACCAGGUACUAGUACAAGUACUCAACCAAGUGCUACUACUAGUACUCAACCAAGUACUGCUACAAGUGCUCCUCCAAGUACUCAUCCAGGGCUGUUUCUCUUGAUCUGUCUCCAGAAAGCCGGCACUGUGAAGAUGAAUGUUGUCCUUUUCUUGGGGGUACUUAAAAUGGAACUGUCAAAUAUAUUUCUUACUGCCCUCUCCGACGGCCCCUUUUCUCGUCAUCUAAAUAAGGUGUCUCAGACAUUCUUCGUGGUGCUGUGUGGGGUUGUUGAAACAUCCGCUCUGGCCUUGUUUUGUCUGGCCAACCCUAUCAACGUCUCUCUCGUGGCUCUUGUGUCUGUGGCGAUAGUGUUUAAUAUCAUAGAGCUGGUGAUCGUCUGUCUGCCAAUUGGACCCAGUCAUGAACUAAAGGAGAUCAGUGACCACGUUGUCAAAGUGUCUUCCUUCAUCCACCAGACCUUCACAACUGCUGCCAUCUUUGUUGGUAUUUUGGAGGUUGACAAACACAAAGGGACCCGGACGGACUCUCGGAUUCUGAAAGUGAUGGUAGCUUUCACAGUGUUACUACUGCUGUUUGAAAUGUGGGUUUUCCUAAGCAGCACUCAAAGGAAAGCGAUGCUGAGAAGGAAAACAGGGUGUCCAGCAAACCGUGAGAGGGGCAGGCCAAGAGGAAAACAGAAGAAGCUCGGUGCAGCUAAAGGGAUCGUCAUCGCUGUCUCAGUCAUCUUCAUCGUCGCAUUCUUGUGUUUUGGUGUCACUGUGGCUGUCAUGAUACUCGGAUGUCAUCAAGAGCAGGGAUGUGCAUGAAGGUCUGCUGGUACUUUCAUGAAUGUUUUAUUCAUGAAUGUGGAUUGAAUUCAAAUCCCAGAUUUCUUACUGCAAGUUUGCACUAUUGUGCAUAAUCAGGUGUAAAAGGGAAUUGCUUUUUUAUUCAUAGGUUAGUAAUUGUGUAUGUUACAUUGUUUGCACUAGUCUCUGUACCUUGUUUGUAAUCUGCUGCUUUGACCUGCACAUUAAAAAAUACAUCUAUUCUUCCAAACAA